GUGGAAAUCUGUGUGGAGGGGUUGCCUUUCCGGUUGCAAGGUGCAGAAGGAGAAGAGGGGGACGCUACCUUUGCCUGGAUUCACACCUCUCGCUUUGCUUUACUUUGAAACAAUGACGCUCAUCGUCCCCUCUUGACGACUGAUCCAUAUGCCAGACUCGUCCGCUCGCCUCAGGAGGCCAGGGCCUGCAAAGGCACCUCCGGUCUGGGCUGAGACGCGCCAAGAGCUAGCUGAGUCAUUGCCGUAUUAUCGUGCUUAUCAGUCAGGUUCCUACACGGUAGGGCCUCUAUGCGGUCAUGCCGAGCUUCGCAAAAGCGCAGCAGACUGUGUUCAUGCAUAUGGGGAUGGUCCAGUGACGUCAGACCAGACGUCUUAUGGCUAUCUAUUGGGAGGCUUUGGAAGUGCGAGGGACGCUUGGGCGGCGGGCGGUAGGGUCAUAGUCUCACAUGGCGGCGGUCAUGCCGAAGCAGAACGUACUCCAGGCGACCUCGGCUCUCUAGGCAAUCCCGAAGAACGUGUUCAUGAGGAGGCCGCACAGCAUACGCAGCUAGCAUCUUCGCAAUCUAGGCAUGACCCUCGGGUCGCAGCUCUCUUGUCCAGCUAUACCAAUUCGACACCUUUGAUACUCAUCAUAGGGGAGAAUUACCCUCACAUCGACUUCAACCUCAAUUGUGCCUUUGCUGUUCUCGGCUGGUAUGCAGUGACUGCAUGCUGGGCUGAGAAGGAGUCGAACGACAUGGUCCGGUGGAAGGUGCGAUUGCAGUGGGUGGAAAGCCAGGGACAGCCAUGGUGGCUUCCAGAGAUCGAAGCUUCGCAUUCAGAGGAGAACGAUGUUGAGCAGGAAUGUUGGAAUCCUCGAGCACGGGUAGAGGUACCCCAGCGUCAUAUUCUCAAAGACCUGAAGAGGAAGCUUCGCGCCGCAGAGGCUCUAGAAUACGACAAUGAGCUUAGCAGCGCGAAUGUUCUUCUUGAUCGGCCACAAAAGCCUGGCGGCCAAGCACAGCAGAGGUUGUUACAGCGGGAUCUGCAGAGGACGCAGCCGCUGUUCAAGCAAGGCCAAGAGAAGACUAUUCAGACUUCAUGUGUUUUGCGUGAGAGGAGGCUGAAGGGGCAAGACGCUGCCCAGACGUGCCCGCACUGCAAGCUAUCGAGUCCUCAAGUGUACAACGCUGGAUGGACAUGUCUCGUGCCAGAAUGCUCCAGAGGCUUUUGGCAGCUUCCCUUGAUACCGACGUCUCUACGAUUCGCACAGCAUUUCUUACGUCCGCCAAAAGUAGAAGCUGAGCUAUACCAGAUUCCCUUUCCAGUGCAACCGGUCGCCAGUACCGCUGGAACCACCGAAGCACUCGGUCAGCCACAACGUGAACGCUCUGUCAAAGGGAUGUUCUGCCCUCUUUGCCAUCGACUGUCGUGUCGAGAAUAUCUCGCCCUCGAACGAUGCUCGCACUGCGCUUUCACUGUGUCGCCCCCAAGCAUACCACCUCAGCUCAUAUCAAACGUGAAUUUGAAGAGUGGUCUACUACACGACGCUUUUGUAAAUCCGCGCUUCGAUGUCAGGGUCUCACGUCGGAGGGAGGGCCCAUUAGAGAUCGUCUCGUGGAUUCUACCUGAACCCUAUCUUGGAGCUCGAAUCCACACCAUCCAGCACUGCGAUGCGACUACGUCAGAUCAAGCGUCGAACGAUAUCUUCUCGGCGUUUCAGCAGCCUGUGCUGUCACGGAAGCGAGGGAUGCAAAAGCGCUUGAAGUCAUGUGAGCAGUACAAGCAUUCGACGGCUACGGAAACGGUACCUUUAGAUGCAGCGCCGACCUGUGUGGCUCAAGCCGGAGAAAUUUUGACGGAGAGAACGGCCCUCGUUGCCAGGCUCGAGAAGCCUUUCAACGAGCUCUAUCCAUGCGCUUACGAACAAGGGAUGAAGAUGAAUUUUCACGAUGACGGUGAGCCUGGUCUUGGACCCAUCGUGUCGUCCCUGUCUUUAGGAGGUGUGCCUGCCCAGAUGGUCUUUCGCCUCAAGCGUCGCUUUGUGACAGUUACUGCUGUGGAAGUGCCAGCAAAGGAGACCUUGCAGCGCGCCAGUCUCUUUUGUCAGACCCCGAGCCGAGCUUACCGACAGGGUCAGUCCAGUGCGAUCGAGGGCCUCUCGAUCCCAUUUCAUGAUCGAACGAUGAUGUCCGUUCCGUUGCGACAUGGCACUAUCGUUGUCCAAGAGGGAGCCGCGCUGCAAGAGUGUUUCGAGCACGCUGUCGUACCGAGCUGGGAUGACAAAAGCCUUUCUGGUGGCAUCAGAUAUGCAGUCACCGCUAGACGAAUCAACUGAAGGCUGUUUGCCACAAUAAUCGUCAUCUUAUAUAGAGCCCGAUAGUACGAGCAGUAGGCAAAUGCGAAGCGGUAGAGCCAUCCUCUGCACAGUCUGUGAGACGGGCACGUGAUUGCUACGAUGUCGCCGUCAUCGACUCACUGAUCAUGCUAAUGAGUCGUGAAGCGGGUAGCGGAGAUACACUUGAAUUGCUACUUUGCCCUUGCGCGGG